AUGGGUCGCACGGUGGUGGCGGACGAGGCGGCGAUCCAGCGCCACGUGGACAAGCUCUUCCGCGAUAAGGCGACGUGGGAGCUGGGUCUGCUAAUUGGACGCUCCAGCACCGCUUCUCAAUCCCCCUCAUCCUCCUCCUUUUCCGCCGCCGCCGCCGCCGCAUCAGGCGCCUCGCGCGACCUCCUCUUCGCGCUCGUGCCGACGCCCAAAGCGCCAGGAGCGGCGGCGCCAGUUGCGGGCGGCACGGAAAGGAGCGGAUCGGAUUCGAGGGAGUGGCGACAUGUGGACGGCGACUGGGUGGCCGAACACGCGCUGCAGGUGUCACGCCUGCUGCUGGGAGGCAUGGGCGUGCUGGGGGUGUACGCCUUCUGCUCUGAUGCCGCGUACAGCAACGCCGCGCCUUCCUUGCUGCAGGCCCUGCACUCGCUUGCAGCCUCACUAUCUCCGCCCGCCUCACUCGCUGCCCUGCUGCCCCCUCCUCCCACCGACCUCAUUCUGCUGCACAUCUCCUCCUUCUCCCGCCGGUUCUCAGCACGAUCUGUCGCCACGUCAUCACCUGCCACGUCAGCUACCAUGUCACCAUGCGACUUCAAGCUCGCUGCCAUCCCGUCACCAAUCCUCGUGGAAGGGGGGGACGUGGUCGGGGGAGAGAGCAACUUGAAAGGAGGGGUGGGGAAAGCAGGGAAGGCGGGCGGAGGAAAGGGGGCCAAGGGGGGGAAGAAGGGGGGUGGGAGAGGGGGAAAAGGGGGAGGGGGGAAGGGAGGAGAGGAGGCGGCAUCUGAGGGAGGCAGUCAUGUGCGUGUGGACUGGGCUCUCCCACCUUCCUGGAACGUUCCUCUUCAAGACGGUAGGUUCCUUCCUUUCAUAUCCAAGAUCCUAUGUAAGAGUGAUGCCAUCACACCCCAUCAACCCCUUAACAUCAUACCCCAUCAUGCAUCUGUGCCCAUACACAUCACAUGGCACUCCUCCUUCCUCCCACGCCACCACACCCCGCCACUGCACACGUCAGGGGCCGCUGUGCCUUGCCAUGCGCCGAUACCCCUUGCCAAGGAUGGUCAUGUGCAUGGCAUGGUGCCGCUGUCAGGAAGUGUGCUGGCGCUCUGCCUCGCCAUGCCCCGAGACCCCUUGCCAUGUCUCACCUCCCAUCCCUCUAUCCACGUUGUCCCCACCACUGCAGAUGCCAAGGACGGCAGCAAGGACGGUCACGUGCAUGGCAUGGUGGCGCUGUCAGGCAGUGUUCUGGCGCUCUGCCUCGCCAUGCCACGAGACCCCUUCUCCCGAGUGCUGCACGAUCUCAGGGUUGACGCUGUGCGCAGUGUGGUGAGCCGGCUAGAUUUGGUACAGGAUGGGGAGGAGGAGCAGGCAGAACAGGGGGAGCGCGAUGAGGCGGAGGGGGGGGGGAAGGAGAGAGGGGCAGGCGGAGAGUUGAAGGGAAAGGCAAGGGAGGGAGGAGAGGAGGAGGAGAAGACUGACAAGGUGGAGGAGGAGGAGGAGAUUGAGAGGCCAUUGCUGAAUGGCAAGCUGCACAGGACGCCCUUCACCAGAUGGCACCUCCCCCGGCGUGUGCUGCUGCGCUGCUCUGUGGCUGGGGGAGGGGGGAGGCGGGGGGAAAGUGAGGGGGAGGAGGAAGGGGAAGGGGGCUUGCUGCUGGCGGACUACUGUGAGAUGGGGGAACGGGCGGAGGUGAGAUGGGGAAAGGGGCGGAGCGGAGGAGUGAUGCAGCGAGCUGUGUGGGAUGGCAGCAGUGGCAUCACCAGUGCAUCCCACCAGACUAUGCUGACUCAUCCCCUCUCUUUGCACCCAUCUUCCCUCCGACAGGCAGCAGAGGAUAGAUGCGGCGAGCUGUGUGGGAUGGCAGCAGUGGCAGACGAGGCAAUGAGGGAGCAGGGCAUUGGUGUGGAAUGGGAGGGGCAGGUGGAAGAGGGAGAGGAGGAGCAGAGUGGCAUGGAGGGCAGUGCUGCACCUGCUGCUGUGUGGCUUCCCCCUGGAACUGCACAUGCCAAGCCACACAGCAGCACCCGCCCUGGCAGCUCUGGCAGCAGUGAUACGAGUGCCGUGAAGGGACGGGUGGGGGAGAAGGGUUCAGCAGGCAGGGCUGUGUCGCUGCUGUUGGCUGUGCUCGGGGUGCUACUGGCUCUUAUUGCUGCACUCGUGCUUGCUCUCAAAUGA